CGAUUCGAACAAGCCACUGGACAGCCCAUUAGAGGAGGAGCCGUCCACGCCCAGAGCCACAUCAAACCACCCAGAACCCGAAAUAUCAGCUGUUCCUCAACAACGAGCACAAGACCAACGGGUUGAGUGGCAGGGAUGCAGAUGGUCCAGGAGGCAGUGGGUCAGUCGGGGAGAAUGGCCCCAGGCUGGCCCGAUGGGAGACCAACCGGCUGGGGCUGAACCACUACAAAGGGUCCCUGGAGUCCCUAGCCUCACGGGACUGGGACACUAUGUCUGACAGGUUUGGUGUUGACAGCCCUCCCAGAGUGUUCAACAGUCCGUACGCCACAGCAGCCUCCAUGGACUACAACCCCAUGUAUCGAAUGUCAGAGUUCAAGGUUCAGGGUGGACUGUCUCCCUCCACCUCGGAGAUGAACCUGUACAGCUUCAACAGUCGCAGCACCAGUCCAGUGGGCAUCCCCACGCCCACCCUCACCUCCCCCCGCCCCCGGUUCUCCGCCUACGACACUCUGGUGAAGAGGAGGGCCGAGGUCAACAACACACACACCCAGGUGGUGCCCACCCACUACAGCAUGCGCUCUGCCACUCUGGGGGCGCCUAACAGAAAAGACUACAUCGAGGAGCUGACCAAACAGCUGGACACCUGCCAGAAGCGUAACCAGUUCCUGGAGGCAGAGAGUGUAGAGAUGGAGAAGGAGAGGAACCAGAUCAGGUUUGAGAUGCGAGGUCUUUUGGUGAACAACGAGGACCUGCUGAGGACCAACACUCAGCUCAACAAUGAGAUGAAGAGGAUGAGGGAGCAGAUGCUGGAGAUGGAGAGAGAGCACCAGUCCAUGGGAGAGAGAUACAGAGAGAUGGAGAUUGAGGUGAAGGAGGCCCGGGACAUGAUGGUGGAGGCCAACACUCAGGAGUACGCCUUCAACUUCCUCCAGCAGUCGCUCAAAAACAAGCUCCAGGACGCUGACGAGAACCUGGAGAGGCAGACGCAGCACGCUCAGGUGCUGGCUGAGAAGCUGUGGCUGGCAGAGAGACAGCUGGAGGAGCUGGAGGUCGACAAAGACACCAAAGACAAGAGGACGUCUGAGCUCAACAGCACCAUCAUCAGACUGGAGACAGAGCUGGCCGAGGCCCUGCAGGCAUCCACACAGGCCUCAGCAGAGAUGAACCUGCAGCAGAAGCUGCGUGAAGACGCCCAGCACAGGGUGGACGAGCUGGAGGAGUCUCUGCUGGAGAAGGACCAGGAGCUGCAGAGGCUGCAGAACCUCGUCAGCAGACUGCAGGGAGAGGUCUCUGGUAAACUGAUUGACAAGGAGCAGACUCUGGAGGAGGAGAUCCAGCUGAGAGAGAGGAUACAGCUGCAGUGCAAGCAGGCGGAGAGGACGGUGGACGACCUCCACAUGGAGCUGCAGAGCACGAACCAGGCCAGAGACGACCUGGCCAAACAACUCAAACAGGCUCAGGAGAAGAUGAUCGACCUGGAGAGCGAUCUGGAGGAGCUGCACGACAGCGAGCAGAGAUGGGCUGCCAAACACAAGAGAGCCAUCGAACAGACGGAGCAGCUGCAGCUGAAGUUGAUUCAGGAGAAAGAUCUGAACGACCAGCUGGAAACUGAGAAGGCUGUCAUGGAGAGACAGCUGCGUGAGCUGCGUCUGGAGGUGGACGAGCUUCAGAGCUCCAGGGUUCAGGAGGACGUCAUCUCCAGGGCAGAGAGCAGAGUCAAAGAGCUGGAGAACUCUCUGAGGACCGAGGAGAGGAACAAAGCCGUCCUGACAAACACCAUCAGUAAACUGGAGAGGAGGAUCAACGAGCUGAGUGAUCAGAUGGAGGAGGAGCACAGGAUAGCGACCGAACAAAAAGACCUGAUGACGCAGAGGAUCCGCUCUCUGAAGCGUCAGCUGAACGAGGCCGAGGAGGAGGCGAGCAGGAAGGAGGCGCAGUACCGUCACACCCAGAGGGAGCUGGCUGAGGAGAGGGAGACGAGCGGCCGGCUGCAGAGGCAGCUGCUCGACCAACACCUGCAGACAAAGCGUAAGGAGACUCUGACGAUUCGUCAGACUCUGGAUAACCUGAGGCUGGACCUGAGCGUUGACGACGAAGACGACGAUCUGCAGCCGCAGCAGCAAACAAACAGUGUCACCAAAGUCUGAACCCUCACACUCCACAUUCACUCAGCACAAAACACGUCUGUAUAUAUGUUUAUUAUUUUUUUAAAAGCAUAAAACCAACUACAUCUUUACACUGACAGUGAAAUCUCCCAAAAAAGAAAGUAUGGUUCUACACAGAUGAUCUCUUCUGGCUCUCUUGUGCUAAAUUCCCCACAAAGAACUUUGAAUUUGGUGCUGACUGUAGUUUAUAUAGAGGCACUUCUUGAGACCAGUAGCUGCAUUUAAUCAUCAAUACUAUUACUGAUGUUGAAUUGUGUGCUUCCCUGUGGACAAUGUUGUUUAACUCACCCACUCUGUGUAGCAGUGGUUACACUUGAAACUGAUUGGAAUUAAUUAAGUGGAAGUGAAGUCUGUCUGUAUCUAUAAUCAGCACCAAAAUACAUGGUUCUUUCCUGGAAAUUAAAGAAUUUAUUUGGAAAUUAAGGACUCUCCUGGUGACCUGCAGGAAAUAAAACACCAACCAAUUUUACUAAAAAUCAUAAAAAGUGACUGUAGAGAAGCCGGACAUCAUUGUUUCUCACUAGAAUCGUGAUUUUCUUGUUUUCUUUUACAUGAAAAUAAAUUUGCAUGCGCUCUGUGCUGAGAGAUACUGACAGAUACAGUGAAGGGGAAACCGACUGGUGACAGUAAUGAGAUGAUGGAGAUUUGAUUAAGGUGCCAUGCAGGUUUGAAUCUGCUGUUGUAGUUUUGGAGUGUGUCGACCAAGCCUUAAUUCUGGAUGGACACUUCAGUUUGAUGUUGUUCAGACUGGGAUGUCACUUUCACUUACGUUUUGAACUUUCAGAAAAGAAAGCGCAACUCAGACAAUCACUGGCUAUCAGCUUUUGUUUAUAUCCAAUGGAGCUUUGCUGACCGCUCUUUCAUAAGGAGGGAUUUUCUCUGUUAGAAAAGUGUUUAGUUUAACGUGUACCACAUUCUUCUGCAGUAUUUGAACAUAUUCCUCACUGGUUGUCGACGUAUUCCAGGGUAAUGACAGAAAACAAGGAUUAGCUGCAGAACCGGGGACUUUGGCUGCGAUUGGAGCUGUUUUUGAAUCACACACACAAACAAUUAAUUUAUAUUGAACUCUUUUUAUGUGUUUAUGUUGUUUUUAGGAUUUAAAGAUUAUUGAGUUUUCUGUAUUUGCAAUUGCUUGUGGGGAAAAAAAUAAUUUUAGAUUAUGAAAUGAUUUUAGAGCAGGUAUUUUUAGGGGGUUUGCUGCUGUAUUAAUGUAACUUACUGUGCCUCCCACAUACAGUAUCUGUUCAUAAGAUUUAAGGAAUAAGAUUAGUAUCAAUAAAGAAUACCAAAAAAGAAAAUCUCAUGUCACACUUUAUAAUAAUGUCCAUUGAUUGUAUUUUAUCCAAAUUCAGUUAAAACGGGCAGAAAUCCAAAAUAAAUAAAUGUCUAAAUAAUUUUGGAUAUGAGAUGUGUGGAAGAGGGAAAAAAAAGCAAAAAUAUUUUAUUGUGUUAGAAACACAGUUUAUAUGCUAUGUGGUUUUCUGUACCAUCUGUUUAAUGUUCUCUAUGCUCUUAUUUUGGAAGAAAUUACUUCUUUUUUUGUGACAGGGCUGGGUUGUUAAAUUCAGAUCAGUAGAAAACGAGGCUCAUUCUGGUUUAACAGUCUUCUGCAUGUUUUUUGUUUGAAGCUUGGCAUCUGUUAGAAAAACAUGAAGCUAAUAUUCAGAUGUUCGUAUGUUUACACAUGUUGGUGUAUUUUGCUUUUUGGAAAGAGGAGCAUAAAUCACAAGUUUCAUAUUUCAGCUGUUGGGAAUAUAAUUACUACACAGUGACACUAGUGUUUUUUAAAUCUUUUCUCAUAAAAGAAAGUGGCUAUGUCUACAGAUUUGUAAAAAGAAAUUAAAUACACUGACUUAUUUUUGUAACUUCACUUCACAUUUGGUUCUUCUGUUCUCAGGUAUUUAUUUUUGUUUUGUUUUUCUUAUUCUCUCUUUUGGUGAGAAGUUUCUUAGUACAAAAUGCAAAUAAAUUCUUCUCCACUGUGAA